UAUUUGUUUUUCGUUUUGGUGUUCAAUUGUUAAUUUGCAGCAACUGAAAGGAAAGGGAGUGAAUCCAGGAAGAGGACAGAUUCUGGAAAAGUUGGUCCAGAAAGUCAUGUGGGGGAAAAACUUCUGAAAACAAUUGACGCAUCAACUUCUGAUGGAGCCAUUUGAUUCUUUGGGAUUUGAAUAUUAGCAUGUACUCAAACAGAAGAAAUGUUUGCUUUUUGUCUGCUUGAAAGAUUUUGGACACUGGUGUGGCAGGAAGAAUACUGACUCACCUGAGUGAGGGAGAUUCAGUGCGCUGACUGUGAAAAGUGCUUCACAUCAUCUCCGCCGCUUAGGGGAUCAAAAUCUCUCACCUCAUGGUGGGGAAAGACUGUGUAUUCGUUCUGCUUGUAAUUUCAAACACAGCGACACAAGGAAAGCUCACCCUCCAUGGAGAAACCGUGGAAAUGUGGGGACUGUGGGAAAGGAUUCUAUUCCCCAUCGGCGCUGGAAACCCACAGACGCGUUCACACCGGGGAGAGGCCGUUCAGCUGCUCUCAGUGUGGGCAGAGAUUCACUGCAGCAUCCCACCUCAUGAGACACCAGCGCGUUCACACCAGGGAAACGCCCUUCACCUGCUCAGUGUGCGGGAAAGGAUUCAGUCGGAUGAGCAACCUGCAGACUCACCAGCGGGCCCACACGGGAGAGAAGCCGUUCACGUGCCCCGUAUGUGGGAAGGGGUUUGCUCAGGCAUCUCGACUGUUAAUCCAUAAGCGGGUCCACACCGGGGAGAGGCCGUUCACCUGCUCAGUGUGCGGGAAGGGAUUCAGUCAGACGGGCAAUCUGCAGACGCACCAGCGGGCCCACACGGGAGAGAAGCCAUUCACCUGUCCUGUGUGUGGGAAGGGGUUUGCUCAAUCAUCGAGACUGUUAAUCCAUAAGCGGGUACACACAGGGGAGAGGCCAUUCACCUGCUCAGUGUGCGGGAAGGGAUUCACUCAGUCAUCUACACUCCUGAUCCACCAGCGGGUACACACUGGGGAGAGACCAUUCACCUGCUCCGUAUGCGGGAAGGGAUUCAGUCGGAUGGGCAACCUGCAGAAGCACCAGCGGGUCCAUACGGGAGAGAAGCCAUUCACAUGCCCUGUGUGUGGGAAGGGGUUUGCUCAGUCAUCUACGCUGCUGGCCCACAAGCGGGUCCACACUGGGGAGAAGCCGUUCACCUGCUCCAUGUGCGGGCAGGGGUUCAGUCGGUUGGGUAACCUGCAGACGCACCAGCGGGUCCAUACUGGGGAGAGGCCGUUCACCUGCUCCCAGUGUGGGAAGGGAUUCAUCAAUUCUUCUGCCCUACUGACCCACCAGCGGGUCCACACUGGGCAGAGGCCAUUCACCUGCCCUGACUGCGGGAAGGGAUUUAUCAACUCUUCCACCCUGCUGAUCCACCAGCGGAUUCACACCGGGGAGAGGCCAUUCACCUGUUCUCAGUGCGGGAAGGGAUUUAUCAAUUCUUCCACCUUGCUGCUCCACCAGCGGGUCCACACCGGGGAGAGGCCAUUCAGCUGCUCUCAGUGCAGGAAGGGAUUCACCCGCUCCUCCCACCUGCGGAGGCACCAGCGAGUUCACAUGCCAUCACAGGGAGAUUGAAGGCGCGAUGGCUGAGUGCCAUUAUCUACCGGUUCUGGGGACUCACGUUGAGAAGGUGUAUAGGGUAUAAGCAGGCAGGGAAGGAGUUAAGUUUUGAGUUUUGUGAAAUAAGAGGUUCAGUUGAGCAUGACUCAGACCAGAUAAAAACUUAGUUAACAAUGGGUGCUCGAGGAAAGGAUAAUGGGUUAACAAGGUGGAAAAGCAGUCAUUAUGUAGAGCCAUUUAACAAUAUUGGAAGCAUUCAGUGUGCAAGGUCAGCUAAGGGGAAAUGUAUCCAUUGUAUGAAUCCAGUUAACAAGGUUAAGAACAGUAAAGGGCUUGGUCUCUGCUACUGAUGAUCAUUGAUUGUAACGGUCACCCAAUUAAUAUGUAUGUUGCCUUAUCUGGAUGCUUCUCCCUGUAAAAUGACUACAUAGUUCAUUUGAGAAACUGCUCUUCCAAAAGAGACCAUGAACUCAUAUUUUUGUGCACAUGGACGAUCAUUCUCUCUCUCCCGACAGGGCCUGGAAGAAACAUGAAGCGGGUAAAACCAUACUGUGUCUUUGAGCAUUUUGCUUUGACUGAGGUGAGGGGGGGCGGAAAUGGGAUGAUACCGGGUUCGAAUCCUGCGGUGGCAGAUGACAAUUGGAAUUCGGUCAGAAGUUCAGAAUCUAAGGAAACCAUCUUCAGGGGAAAGAAAACCCCAUCUGAUUCACUCCUGCCCUUUUUAGGGAAGGAAACUGCUGUUGCGGAAAAGGAUUCACUGUGGUCCCAGCUGCAUCCUUUACCCCAUCUGGCUGACAUGUGACUCCAGACGCACAGCAGUGUGGUUAACUCUUGACUGCACCUCCCCCACUCUCCAGCAAAUGAGUGGAGAGAAACUGAUUUGAAUAGGGUGACUGGGUUGAAAUUGCUGAAUGAGGCAAUAUUUCCCACUGGUUAAGGCUGUACUGCAAAGGGACAACUCAGUGCUGAUCAAUAGUAAAGCGGGGGGGGGGGGGUUGGAGAAUGGGUGCGUGGGCUUUGACUGUGAACUUUUUUUUUAAAAAAGAAAUUAGCUACUUUUUGUCAGCUUUUUUGCUGCGGAGAUCUGAAGCUGUAACAAAGUUUGGUGGCAGUAAAGGUCACCUGAACUUCACCGAUAGGCUGAGACUCUCAUUGAAAGCUAUGAGAUCCAACAGGUUUUUGUCUCAAAGCUGCUCAUCUCUUUCAGCCUCUCGCUCUAAGCUACCAAUAUCCUGUCUCAGAAGGAGCAGUGAGUGAGUAGCUACUAUCGUUAGAAAUUGUCAUUUCGUCAGCAUUUUAAAGUUUUUACUGGCAGCAAUGGGAGGUGUAGACUGUAUUCACUAGUAACAAAGUUUAAAAAUCUCACAAUGUCGCGUUUAGAGUCCAACUGGUUUAAUUGGAAGGAUGAGCUUUCGGAGUGCUGCUCCUUCGUCAGGUGGCUGUAGAACAGGAUCAUAUGACAGAAUUUAUAGCAAAAGAUUACAGUGCCAUGCAACUGAAAUGAUAUAUUGAACGAAGCUAGAUUGCCGUUAAGUCUUUCAUCUUUUAGAACAGGUUGCAGGUUUCAGUUCAUUAAUAUGUAAAUCCCAGAACUAAUUUUCAGUCACAUUCUCGAGAUCACAUAUGGUUUUACAAAAAGGUGACAUCUCUGCUCAGACAAUGCAUGAAAGAUGUGAGGUUAGUCUGUACCCCAAUUUUGGAAAUCGAACCAGUCUGACUCAAAGUAGAAAUUUAUAAAUUAUGACAUGGAUUUACUGCCUGGAGUUUGUGCACUUUUUGAGCAAAUAGAAUAUAUCUGCAGAUAUAAUUCUGCAAAUUCAAAUUCACCCCAUAGACCUGCGUGCUUGCAUGAGAGAGAGACAGACUGUGUGCAUGUGCGUGAGUGUGUUUGCGUGUGUGCAUGCUUGGUAGUGUGUGAGAUGGAGUAUAAGCAUGUGAGGGUGUUUGUGUCAGAGACAGUGUGUAUGAGAGAGUGGAGAGUGUAGUUGGGUCACUUGUAGUGUGACAUGAACCCAAGGUUCCAGUUGAGGCCUUCCCCCUGGGUUCUGAACUUGACUAUCAGCCUCUGCUCAGCUACUAGAAACGAUUUAAGCAGUUACAUUGGAGAGGGCAGGGUGGGAUUUGUCUUUCGAUUUGCAGAAGGUGGGAGGCUCUGGAUGCUGUGAUCCAGCGCAAACACAGGCUGGAGGACCUUCAGCUCACAUAUGGAGCUAGAAGCCAUCUUAGACAAGUUGGAGGGGAAAAGAGGGAAAGUUAACCUCUUAGCAUCAGGAACCCGGGUUUGAUUCCACCCUCUGGCGACUGUCUGUGUACACUUUUUGGCAUGUUCUUUCCCUCUUGUGUCUGCAUGGAUUACCUCCACGUGCUCUGGUUUCCUCCCACAGUCCAAAGAUCUCCAGUUUUGGGUGGAUCGGCUGUGUCAACGUGUCCAAUGUUGUGCAUCUUCCAGUGGAUUACUCAUUGGACCUGUAGGGAACGGGAGUGAUUGUGGCUCCAGGUUAAUGGUGAUCCGCCUUGUCCCCCUCAGCCCUGUCCAGCCCAGCCCGGUACCUGGUAGAGUGAAGCCGCGGGCAGCUCCAGGGACACGGUCCAGCACAGCACCGAGUGCAGCCUCUCCUCCAGCUUGUGCUCCGCCGACAUUUUAAAUUUGUUUCUCCCGUUCACCCGGUAACCGUCACCUCCCCCUUCCCGGGAAUUAUACAAAAAUAA